CUCCGUGUCUCCCUCCCGUGUCUGUCGGUGUCUCUCUGCCUGUGUCUCCGUGUCUCUGUCUGUGCGUGUGUCUCUGUCUGUGUCUCCGUGUCCCAGUCUCGCCUGCUGUCUGUGCGUGUGUCUCUGUGUGUGUCUCUGUGUGUGUCUCUGUGUGUCUGUCUGUGUCUCUGUGUGUCUCUGUGUGUGUCUCUGUGUCUCUGUGUGUCUCUGUGUGUCUCUGUGUCUCUGUCUGUGUCUCUGUGUGUCUCGCCGUCGUCUCGCGGUCUCCACUCUCAGCAUGGGCAGCUUCCAGCUUAUGCUUCUGCUCGCAUUCAUGUCGCUCGACUACGUGACCCCGUGGACUUUUCACUUCUCCAACUUGACCCUGCAAUGGUCGGACGCCCUCAAGUUCUGUCGCCGAAGGCAUCGGGACCUGGCGUUCGUCGCCGACUCGACCCUCAAUCGCCUCCUCGCGUCCACCCUGCCCACGGACCGAGGCUACUUCUGGAUCGGCCUGAGGAGGAGCCCUGACGGGAAGGAGGGCGAAGAGGUGGAUAGGGAUGGAGGUGGUGGUGGUGGUGGUGGUGGAGGAGGAGGAGGUGGAGGGUCGUGGAAGUGGCUCAAUGGAACGUCAGAGGCCACGUACCUCAACUGGGCUCCCGGGGAGCCGAACAAUCGCAAGAGCAACGAAGACUGCGUGGAGAUGUACGUGAAGGCCGGCAGGAGCGGCGGGGGAGAUGGUGGAGGUGAUGGUGGUGUAGAAGAUCCGGCACACGGGCGUUGGAACGAUGAAUCUUGUCGCAAGAGGAAGAGGGCUCUUUGCUUCAGAGACUCCUGCGAGCCCGGGGCGUGCUCCGGGCAGGGCGACUGCGUGGAGGUCUUCCAGGGCCGCCGCUGUGCAUGCUGGGAGGGCUACGAUGGAGAGGCCUGCGAGAAAAUGGCCGCACCUUGGACUAGUGCUGCCCCCUCAUCUGUGCCUUGUCUACUGGAGGCUUCCCAACGUGACCAGCAGCAGGCAGCAGCAGCAUCAGCAGCAGUAGCAUCAGCAGCAGCCACGGGACAUGAGUCGGCCCCCAACGCCGUCACCGCUGGGUUCAAUCCCUAGCCCGUGUCAGAGACACUGAGAGCCUGGGUUCGAGCCCUGGGUCUGGGUGUCUCUCUCUCAGUGGGUUCACAAUGGCCGUGUCAGAGACACUGAGAGCCUGGGUUCGAGCCCUGGGUCUGGGUGUCUCUCUCUGUGGGUUCACAAUGGCCGUGUCAGAGACACUGAGACCCUGGGUUCGAGCCCUGGGUCUGGGUGUCUCUCUCUCAGUGGGUUCACAAUGGCCGUGUCAGAGACACUGAGACCCUGGGUUCGAGCCCUGGGUCUGGGUGUCUCUCUCUCAGUGGGUUCACAAUGGCCGUGUCAGAGACACUGAGACCCUGGGUUCGAGCCCUGGGUCUGGGUGUCUCUCUCUCAGUGGGUUCACAAUGGCCGUGUCAGAGACACUGAGACCCUGGGUUCGAGCCCUGGGUCUGGGUGUCUCUCUCUGUGGGUUCACAAUGGCCGUGUCAGAGACACUGAGAGCCUGGGUUCGAGCCCUGGGUCUGGUUGUCUCUAUUUGCUGUCCAUGCCUCUCAAUGUGUGGGACGCCCUCACUCGCAGCGUUCCCAAGUGAACACGGCUGCCCACGGAGUCGAUAUCGUUGCGUGUUUUUGAUUUAAAUAAAAAUAAAAAGAGACAACAAUCCAA